CUUUUUUGUGAAACAAAAAUACAAUAAUAGUCUUGAACAUUGCUUAGAACUGCUAAAACUACCACAAGGGUAGUCUCCCGACCGGAUUUUACAUCCAUCCUCACCCUUGACCUUUGAUUUGCACGACAAGAGCCAUAGACAUGUACUUUUAAAUUGCAGACUGCCAUGGCCGCUACAAUUUGAUUACUAUGAAACUUCGUUGCAAAGCGUGCCUACCUUUGAGCCUCUAUAAUUUAUAGCGCAUAAAUGUAGGGAAAUUUACCGGACUCUCUACAGUCCAGUCUACUUGUCACCUUUAUUCCCUAUUGCUCUUCCAAUUUGACUCAUAUUGAGUCAAUCGGUGCACUCCAAAAUGAACUGGGAUUAUACUAAAAUAUACAUUCUAGGUAAUACAAGUCUAUGCCACAAUCAUUUAGUUGUAUGUUGCGUCGCCCCGAGCGAGACUCGCCGAGCUGAUAAGCCAGACACCAACAACUAGAUAUCUAGAUCUAGAUCUGGGAAUAAAAGCCAAAGGUCCAAAGGCACAGGACAAUAGAUAUCCUUCCUUACUUUGAGACUUUUAGAAAGUUAUUCUGUUGUUGAAUCAACGAAGGCGGUACGCACACGGCUUUUGGCAUUCCAUUUUCUUAUUAUAAAAGCAAGUGCGAGCUCAGACUUUGACAAUGGAGAAGAUGUUGAGAAAUAUUCUCAAGUAUAAUGGAGCAGGAAAAGCGAAAUUCCUGGCUGAUAUGGACAAUCUAGCCUCAAAUAUCAUAAAGCCCACGACCGUUUUCUUCUCCUGCAUCGACUCUCGAGUGCUGGCAGCAAACUUCACCCGCCCGGACAGUGGAGAAACCUUCUUCGUGCAAAAUGCCGGGAACAUGGUACCCCACUUCCAGUCCAUCGUCAGCGGCCAGAUGAGCACAGAGGGGGCGGCUUUGGAGCUCGGGUGUCUCAGUAAAGGAAUUCGCAGUGUCGUUGUGUGUGGCCAUUCUGAUUGCAAGGCUGUCCAUGCCCUUUACGACAUGCGAAGCGUCUGCGACCACACCAAGUACCACCCUGACUCCCCGCUCAUGUCCUGGGUGGCUUUUCAUGGCAAGAACACCGUGAAGAAGUUUUCUGACAGCCAGAACACGAGCACAGGCCCAAACACUUUCACUUUUUCUAUCGGAGGGAAAGAAGUGAAGGCUAUCAUCGAUUCAGAGAAUCAGUUUGACGUUCAAGAUAAAUUGUCACAGCUUCACUGUCUGCAGCAGGCCAGCCACGUCUCCAGCUACCCUUUCCUGCACUCGCUCAUUCAGUCAGGGGAGCUCACUGUCAACGCGCUUUGGUUCGAUGUCCAAUCGGGAUACGUCUACAUGUUUAGCCCCAAGGACGAGCGCUUCGUGAUAGUCACGGAGGAAAAUCUGGACACCCUGCUGAGCAUCAUUACAAAGUAGAUAUUAUGCUUAGGGUAGAGUGUGCUCAGGUAGUGUUGAUUUUUUCCUCGAAGAAUUUCAGUUUGGAAAUUCUUGGAAAUUCGAGUUGUAGUAGAUGAUGUAAAGAAGGAUUUAAGGUGGCCACAAACCAAUUUUUAAAUUUUUCAAAUAUUUUUAGUUGUAUAAAAAAUAUGCAUAUUUUAUAAUCCAGUGGGGUAAAAACAAAGUUUAGAGAAAAACACUAUUUUUUAGCACAUUUUUAACCUUUGGUGAAGUACAUGUUGCAAUAUUAAGUAUUAAGAACUGGUUAAAUGUGUGUUUUCUGAUGGAACUAAAUUUUAAACUUGUUACGACUUAAAAAAAUCUUUUCACCCAGUCUGUCAAAAACAGCUUUGCCAACAGCUGGUUGUCUUGGACAGGUGGUUGUUAAAGCAGGUAUAAUCAAAUGAUUAUGGAUUUUGGACCUCGGACAGUGGAGGACAUGAACAGACUAACCGUUUGUCUGCCACUGUAAUUUUUUUCCUAUUUCUAGAACUGAAGUUACAAUAGCUGUACUUUAAGGAACAACACAGUACACAAAUCGGUUUAUAAUCGACUUGUUGGAGGAAAAACUUUGUCGAGAAACAUUUUCUCACAAUUUUUUUCUUGGUCAUUAAAAUGAAACUUCGUGCCAUACAACUGGAGCCCUUAAAGAAGGUCAGGGUCAUGGCUUCUGUGUACAUCGCUGCAUGGUUAAAAGGACUCCUAAUUUUUCCCCAACUGAAUGCAAAGCAAUAUAUGUACAUAUUAUAUUGAUCUUUUCUGAUAUUUGGGCACUUGUGAACAAAACAAUGUUUGUCAGAGACAGCUUAAAAUUGCGAACAAAAGAAAA